UAAAGCGUCAACCAGACCCACCAAGGAGGGCUGGAGGGGAAAGGGAAUUUCGUGGGAUGUUGAGCCCAUUUGUGCAAGCAGGGAGCCAAGUUCGUCUUGAGAAGGAGCUUUGGGGUCCUGAGAGCAGAGCCAGGGUGAGGGGCCCCGUUAAGUGAUGCGGGUCUGUGUGGUCAGUGAUGGGGACAUGUGGAAGGACUAAUGAGGGGGUCCUUUGGACUGAAUGAUGUGGAAAACAGUGAUAGGGAGGGGAGUCUGUAAGACUGUGUGGGAUAUUCGAUGAGGGGUUUAUGGAAGCGAUAGGGGAGUCUGUGCAGUGAGCAAAAGUGUCUGUAGGGUGAAUGGUAGGGCUUCAAGGGAGUGAGUGAAAGGGGCUUGUGGGAUGAGUGAUGGAGAGUCUGUUGGGUGAAUGAUGGGGGAUCUGGGGUGAGCAAUGGGGUGGUCUUUAGGGUGAAUGAUGAGGGUCCAUGGAGACAGGAAUUAGAAUGUGUAGGGUCAAUGUUGAGAUUCUGUGAGGUCCAUGAUGGGUGGCUCUUUGAGAUGGAUAGUACAUCCAAGAAUAAACAAAAAUUCCUGCCCUUGUGGUAUCAACAUUCCAAUGGAGGAGUCAUACAUUGGGCCUUUAAUUUGUAUUUCCUUGAUGACUGCUUUUUCAUAUAUUUUUGAUAUCUUAGAUCCUCUUUUGUAAGGCACCUGUUCAGAUCUUUUGCUCCUUUUUCUAUUGAAUGUCUGCCUCUUCCUUAUUGAUUUGUGGAACUUGUUUUUAUAUAUUCUGAUACUACUCCUUUAUCAGUGAUAUGUGUUUUGCAAAUAUUUCAUUGAUUUUUGGCUUCUCUCUUCCGUGUUGUGGCUUUGAAUAUUAAGGUUUUAAGUUAACUUUGAGCUGUAAAGCACAACGUAAAUUUAGAGUUUUGUUAUUCUCAAGUUAACAACCAGACAAUGCCCUCUGUAAUUUAGGAGGAGAAUUAAUUUCUAGGGCAUUCAGAAGCAGAGUCGCAUCUCUGAAAACUUUGGUGCCAUGACAGCUAAGGAGGAGUUCUCUGCUUUUUGUUUUCCCACCACUUCACCCUCUAGUCACUGGCUGUGUGAUCAUGAAUAAGUCACUAAACCUCUUUAGGCCUCAGUUUCUUCACUGUGAAAUGAGGAUAAUAGCAGGGUCUAUCCUUUGAGGCUUGGGAUGAUAUUUAAGUGAGUUAUUACCCGAUUAUUAUCUAUUCAUUAUGGUUUUGUAGCACUGAUCUUGUAUAUAUUUCAUGGAUCUUCCAUGAAUUCAAGGUCAGUUCUACUCAUGUGAUACCCAAGAAAAUCCAGUGAAAGAAAUUAGAUACCAACAAAUAAGAUUUUGUCAGCCACUGAAGAGUGAUUAAUACAGCCUGGUCUCUGAAGACUCUUCUGUACCCCCACCCCACCCCCAAUUGGUUUCCAAAGAGAAACAGAAAAUGAUGGAGUCCCAGGAACUAGUGACCUAUGAAGAUGUGGCUGUGGACUUCACCCAGGAGGAGUGGCAGCAUCUGGACCCUGCUCAAAAGAUCCUACACAGAGAUGUGAUGCUGGAGAUCUACAGCCAUCUGGUCUCUGUGGGGUGUUCAGGUAUAAGUCCAGGUAUAAUCUUCAAGUUGGAACAUGAAGAGGACCCAUGGAUCAUGAAGAGUGAGUUGUCAAGGUGGAUCCACUCAGACAGGGAGAAAAGCCUUGACUCUUCCCAGCAGAUCAUUUCUGAAGAACUUUCAUUUCAAAAAGAGAUAUUGGAAAAAGCCCCAAAGGAUAAUUCAUUGUACUACCUUUUAAAAGUUUGGCGUAUUGACGGUCAGACACAUAAAUAUCAGGGAAACCAAGACAGAGUUUUGAAGCAAGUCACAGUCAUUAACCAUGAAACAUUGACCAAGGAGAAAGGCCCCAAAUAUAACACACUUGGAAACAGUUUUGGUGGGUGCAUAAACCUUGAUCUUUCAAGUAAAAAACUCCAUAAUUUUGAUUUAUGUGAAAAGAACUUGGAAUCUAAUUUAGACUCACUGAUAUGCAAUAGGAGCCAUACAAGAAAGAACCCCAUUGAGAGAUUUGGAUGCAGGAGCCCACCUAGCUUUAGUGAUUCCUGUUCUGUACUGGAGAAAAUUUACACUGGCAUGAAACCUUGUGGACAUGGUCAAUGUGAAAAAUUUCUCAGUCAUAAACAAGUCCAUAUUCAGUAUAAAAAAGGUCAAGCUGGUAAGAAACCCAAUGUUUGUGGUGAGUGUGGGAAAGGCUUUAUUAAGAAGUCACAGCUUAUUAUACAUCAAAGAAUUCAUACUGGAGAAAAACCGUAUGUAUGUGGAGAUUGUGGAAAAGCCUUCAGUGAGAAAUCACACCUCAUUGUGCAUCAGAGGAUUCAUACUGGGGAGAAGCCCUAUGAGUGUACUAAGUGUGGGAGGGCCUUCUCCCAGAAGUCACCCUUCAUUGUUCAUCAAAGAGUCCACACUGGAGAGAAACCCUAUGAAUGUUCUGAGUGUCAAAAAGCCUUCUCUCAGAAGUCACAUCUCAUUAUACAUCAGCGAGUUCACACUAGAGAGAAGCCCUUUGAAUGUAGUGAAUGUGGGAAAGCCUUCUGUGAGAAGUCUCACCUUUUUAUACACCAGAUAACUCAUACUGGGGAGACACCCUAUGAAUGUACUGAAUGUGGGAAGGCCUUCCCUCGGAAAACACAACUCAUCAUCCAUUAUAGAACACAUACUGGAGAGAAACCCUAUAAGUGUAGUGAAUGUGGAAAAACCUUUUGCCAGCAGUCCCACCUCAUAGGGCAUCAAAGAAUUCAUACAGGAGAGAAACCUUAUGUGUGUAAUGACUGUGGAAAAGCCUUUUCCCAAAAGUCCCACCUUACUGGACAUCAAAGGCUUCACACUGGAGAGAAACCUUAUAUAUGUACAGAGUGUGGAAGAGCCUUCUCUCAGAAAUCACCUCUUAUUAUACACCAGAGAAUUCAUACAGGGGAGAAACCCUAUGAGUGUAGUGACUGUGGCAAAACCUUCUCCCAGAAAUCACCCCUCAUUAUUCAUCAGAGAAUUCAUACAGGGGAGAAACCCUAUGAGUGUACUGAGUGUGGAAGGGCAUUUUCCCUGAAGUCACAUCUCAUUAUACAUCAGAGAGCUCAUGCUGGAGAGAAACCAUAUGAACGUAAUGAAUCUGGAAAGGCCUUAUGUGAGACGUCUCCACUAGCUGUACAUCAAAGAACUCAUACUAGGGAGAAACCCACUGAAUCUGCUGAAUAUGGUAUGGCCUUUUCCCGAAAUUCACAGAUGAUCACAUAUCAGAGAACACACACAGCAGAGAAACCCUCCAACUGCAGUGACUGUGGGAAGGUGUUCUGCCAGCACAUACACUUCACUGGACAUCAGAACCAACAUAGGAGAGAAACCUCAUAUAAGUACUGAUUGUGGGAAGGUCUUCCCAGAAGUCAGAUCUCACUAUGGAUGAAAAAACUCACACUGAACAGAAAUCCUCUGGGUACAUUGGACAUGAAAAAAAUGUGGCACCUCCUUUACUGUGGAAUAGAUUCAUACAUUCCUACAUAUUUCUGAUUACUCCUCCACAGGAUGAUCUGGUCAGGCUCUCAGAAUAUUUUCAACACUGUAAAUAUGUAAUGCACUUGCUCACCUUCAAAGUAUUCCCCCCCCCUCACAGAAUACAUACAUCUGGAAUAAUUGGCA